GGUCUGGUUCAGCGAACACACCGUGCAGGAAGACUAGAACCUCAGCUGGAUUUCUGGUUCUGAUGUUCGUUGACUUGAACUUCAUUUAGCGGUGUCAUUUCCCUGGAGCGGCUCAUCUGCGUCCGAAGCCGAUCCUUGGCUCGGUUCUGCACUGACAGCGGACAGCUACGAGGAUGUCUGGUUUAACCCAGCAGAGUGGGAACCUGCAGCGUCUGGAUGAAUGGGAUAUUCUGGACCCAGACUUUCAGCAGCGUUUGGAGGAUGCCCGGACGUCGGUCCGACAGGAGAUCCAGCGUGAGUUGAAGAUCAAGGAGGCAGCCGAGAGGCUGAGGAGGGCCGUUACCAGCCGCAAGAGUGCAGCCGAUGUUGAGGGCCAACUGAAGGCAUCGAGCCGGAAGCUGGAGAAGCUGCACUGGGAGCUGCAGGAGCUGAAUGCCAGGGCUAUGGCUACAGAGAAAGAUGGUUGCUUGAAGGAUGAUGAUGACCAGUUAAUAGAAUCAUGUCAGUGGGAGGAGAUCACGUCACCGCUGGCCAGUCGAGUCAAAACCCUUAAAAAACAACUUGCAAUGGAGACUAAAGUCAAACAAGGAGCCGAGAAUAUGAUUCAGAUGUACACCAACAGCUCCUCCAAGGACAGGAAGAUGCUUUCCACUGCUCAGCAGAUGUUACAGGACAGCCGCACCAAGAUCGAGCUGCUGCGUAUGCAGAUUAUUAAAGUUAGUCAAGCCAGAGAUGGGCGGGAUGGAAAACCUGGUCACCCUGUGGAGAUCAUCAAUCCACUUGAGCUUCGUGUAGCCGAACUCCUGCACCGCAUGAAGAUUGAAUCAGCUGUAGCAGAGGGAGCCAAAAACGUGGUGAGGCAGCUGAGUGAGAGUCGGAUCCAGGACCGCUAUGUUCUGGCUGAGGCCCAGGCCCGGAUGCAGGAGUCGUCUCAGAAGGUAGAUUUGUUGCGUCUGUCUCUGGAGAGACGUCUCAGUGAGCUUCCUCAGGACCAUCCUUCACAAAAUAUAGUUAAAGACAUGUUGGUGUCAGGAAUCACACCCUCCUGUGGCACUCCGAAGAAACAAUCCAACACGCCGUCAUCUUCCCCAUCCUCAUCCUCCUCUUUCUUUAGACCAAGCAGUCUCACAGGUCGGCUGGAGGUGUGUCUGAUGGGCUGCCAGGAUCUGCUGGAGACUGUUCCAGGUCGCAGUCGUGUGACCAGCGUCUCUGGGAACUUGUCCGAUGGGAAGUCCCUGAAAGUGAGAUCUGCAGUACGGAGCGGCAGUAGCAAGAUGAGCAAGUCUGAUGAUCUGUCCUCUGAGAUAAGUGCUGUGCUGAAGGUGGACAACAAGAUCAUGGGACAAACUCACUGGAGACAGCAGGGCAAAGAAGCCUGGGGUCAGAGCUUCAGCGUCGAACUGGAACGGUCCAGGGAGCUGGAAGUUUCCGUCUACUGGAGAGACUGGAGAGCGUUAAGUGGGGUGAAGUUCCUACGGCUGGAGGACUUCCUGGAUAACCGCCGACAUGGGAUGUGUCUCCAGCUGGAACCUCAAGGAAUCCUCUUCAUCGAGGUGACGUUCAUCAAUCCCAUCAUUGAACACCGCUCCAAACUCCAGAGGCAGAGAAGGAUUUUCCCCAAAGAGAAAGGGAAGAACUUCCUUCGUGCCUCCCAGAUGAACAUGAACUUCGCCACUUGGGGCCGUUUGAUGAUGAGCUUUUUGCCUCCCUGCAGCUCUCUGGAGCCCAUCAGCCCCCCGUUAACAGGUCCAAACCCUGGUCCUACAUCACCACCGACCGGUACAGGACGACACUCUCCUGUGAUGAGGUUGGAUUAUGUUGAAGAAUCACCCAUCAGCUCACUGCAUCCAACCGGAAAGGACAUGAAAGACUCGCUCUCUUAUUCUUCGGCUGAAAAGAAGAGCCUAAAGUUCAGAAGACAACCUUCGGCCGUCCCCCCUCCUCAGAAAGGGGAAGGACUUCAGAUGGAAGAUUUCCAGUGCAUUUCAGUCCUUGGACGAGGUCACUUUGGAAAGGUGCUGCUGGCUGAGUACAAGAAGUCAGGAAAACUGUACGCCAUCAAGGCUCUGAAGAAAGGUGACAUCGUGAUGCGUGAUGAAGUUGACAGCCUCAUGUGUGAAAGACGGAUAUUUGAAGUGAUCAAUUCAUCUCGACAUCCUUUCCUGGUGAACCUGCAUGGUUGCUUUCAGACUUCAGACCACGUCUGCUUUGUGAUGGCAUACUCUCCAGGAGGAGACCUCAUGAAACACAUCCACACCAGCAUCUUCAGUGAGAAACAAACCUGGUUUUAUUCAUCGUGUGUGCUGCUGGGUCUGGAGUUUCUCCACCAGAACAAAAUAGUUUACAGGGAUCUUAAACUGGAUAACCUGUUGAUGGAUGCAGAUGGAUUUGUCAGAAUAGCAGAUUUCGGCUUGUGCAAAGAAGGAAUGGGCCACGGGGAUCGCACCUCAACUUUCUGUGGCACACCUGAAUUUUUGGCUCCAGAGGUGCUGACGGACAACAACUACACUCGCAGUGUGGACUGGUGGGGACUGGGUGUCCUCAUCUAUGAGAUGAUGGUGGGGGAGUCUCCUUUCCCAGGCGAUGAUGAAGAGGAGGUGUUUGACAGCAUUGUUAAUGAUGAAGUGCGUUACCCUCGCUUCCUCUCUCCAGAGUCUGUGUCCCUCAUUCAUAAGGUUGUCCUCAGUCAGCUUCUGCAGAAAAAUCCUGAUCUCAGACUGGGAUCAGGAGAGGAGGACGCCUCCGAUGUAAAACGUCACACAUUUUUUCAGGGGAUGGACUGGGAGGCUCUCUUAGCCAAGAAGAUAAAGCCCCCCUUCCUGCCGGUCAUUAGAGCUCCUCAGGACGUCAGUAACUUCGAUGAGGAUUUCACACGUCUCAAGCCUGUCCUCACCCUCCCCAGAACUCCGUGCACUCUCACUGCCCAGCAGCAAGACAUCUUCACCGACUUCGACUUCUCCUGCAUCAGCUGACCAGAUGACAUCUAGGAACUGGCCCCGGUCCAGGAACUGGUUCUGGUCCAGAACUGGUCCUACCUUUUCUAUCUUCUGUUAUUAGUAGGGACUUGUUUACAUCUGCCAGAUCAUGUAUCAGGAUCCUGAGUGUACACCACAAUGUGGGAAGGCUGUUUUUUUAUGAACAUAAUGUGUACUCCGUCCAGUAAAAUAACCUGUAAAUUAUUAAAUCUUUAUAAAGUG